AGCAGUAUCUUUAAACCGGAAGUGCUUUAAACUUGCCUGCUGGGACCCAAAACUUUCUGUUUACAGUCAAAGUUAUUGCAAUGGAGCAUCAAAUACAAUGGUGUUCAUAACAUGAACAGAGAUGGUUUCUACACCAACAUGAAAAGGAAACGAACGUAACACGUCUUCCAAUUUGCCCUAUUUUGACCGACCAUCAUCUACAAGAUGGAAACUCCAGAAACAAUCCCACACUUGAUCCUUUUGUUUUCUGUCUUGGUCUUGGUUUCAAGCACAUCAGAAUGCCCUGAAUCCUGUACCUGCAAUCUCCAAAUCUCCAAAUCGUGGGUGUCAUGUGAAGGAAAUGAUCGCUUAUCCCCGGCAAAAACAUGGUCCGAUUUAGUGCAUGUUGUGAUACGAUAUCCCUUACUGAAACAACUUUCAUACCAAAGAGGAUUGACUGCACUUCCCUAUCAAAUACCAAGAUUUGAUGAACUAGAAAAGCUCAACUUAUCCCAGAAUUAUAUCACAGAGUUGCAGUCAGAUGCCUUCACUGGAAUGAUAUUUCUUCAGAUUUUGGAUCUUGGUUUUAAUGGAAUACAGAAAGUUGACGAAUAUGCUUUUCGUGGUUUGGAAAAUCUUAUGACCUUGAACCUUGUUCACAAUAAGAUUGCCAGUCUUUCAGAAAACACAUUUGAAGAUCUUUUUGAUUUGAGAACACUUAUCCUCAAACAAAACAGAAUUACAAGUUUGCCUCAGGGAAUAUUCAGGAAUUUGCAAAAUCUGGAGAUUCUUGAUUUGAGCUACAAUUCCUUGACUUAUCUUUCUUCCAAACACUUCACACCUCUUCGGAAUCUGAAGGAGGUACACCUUAACAGUAAUCUUGUACAGUCAUUCCAUGUGGACACAGUGUCUGCUCUAAGUCACAUUCCAGUCUUAGACCUUUCAAACAAUCCCCUCGAUUGCUCAUGUGCAAUGAGUGAGCUCAAGAUGUCUAUGGCCAAGAGGACCACCAGCCUUAUCAACCCAAAUGCAACUGUUUGUGCAUCGCCACAGUACUUAUAUGGGCAGUCUAUAGAAGCUGUAGCCCUGGAAGAUCUCAAUUGUACUGAUCCCCAAAUAUCCUUAAUAUCAGAAGCCCAGGUUAUACCAUAUCAGCAGGAUCUGUACCUGCCAUGCCAAGCUGAAGGUUCCCCCGCACCAGCAAUAUUAUGGGAAACGCCCUGGGGCGACACCUUCGCCCGGCCCUCCAGUUUCAAUUUCAUAGGGGAUGACGGCAUUGGAUAUCAUUCACAUCAUGCUUAUCAAGCCAAAAAUGUAAUCCUUGUAUCUCACGUAACUCUUUUUGAAAACGGAACUCUGUACAUUUCAAAAUUCAGGGGCUAUUUUGCUGGCAAUUUCACCUGCAUUGCCGUGAAUCCUUUGAGUAAUAGCAGCGCAACAGUCCACGUUGAAAUUUUUCAUAUUUUGAAACUUACAUUUUUCCAAAGCUUGUUUAUAAGUGCAUAUUGUUCUGGUGGCUUUUUGGUGUUUGGGAUCAUUGUUGGCAGUAUUAAGUUGAUAGUUUGUGCAAUUCAACGCAGACUCAAAGCCAAGAAGGUCGAAGACAAGAAGGAGUCUGAAAAAGCAGUGACUGUUAGUGAUAUUGUUGUUGUCUUUGAUGAAUCUGAUGACCGUUCCGAUCCAUCACUGCCGAAAACCCCUCUUAUUUCUCCAUACAUGAGCACCCCGAAUUCACCGCAAAAAUGUACAACACCAACCGAAGAAGUUGGAUGGCUGCCUGCAAAUAUAUUUGACACUUUGGAUGAAGCACGCUGGAGGUUACGAUAUGGAGUUGGGCGUCGGAUGGAGAAAGUACGAAGUCACGUUCAAAACCAAGUGCAGUCUAUACGAGAAAGCAGUACACUAUAUAUGCAGAGUAUCCGAGAUUCUAGUAGCAGUGCAGCCAAUCGAGUCCGGACCGGUAUUGUUGUUGGUGUGGAGACAAUGAAAUAUAGUGUCCAGUCAAUUCGUGAGUUCUGUGGUACCGGCGACAUGAGAGGACAAACGAUAUCAAUGAUAUCAGUAUCAACCGAUAUUGAUACUGAUCAACGCACUGAAGUCAUCCGAUCAGUAACAUUUGUUUGAAUUACUAUGUCUCAACUUCUUUUCUGCUUUAGAAAUACAGGUAUCAGGAUACAUUUUAGUACAUUUCUAUUCAAUUCCAAAGUUCAAUACAUAAAUUUUUAUUUUUUUGUAUGGUCAUGAUUUAAGUGAUAUCUUACUGAAUUUUUUAUUUCCUUACAUGCGGACACUUGCCCAUAUUCAAGAAUGGUAAGGUAUAACAGCAAUACGGGAUCAUGUUGGUACAUUUAUGGGACAUUAACAAUUAAUAAUUAUUUUACACUGAUCACUGGGUGGGGUGCAGUAGCCUAGUGGUUAAAGCGUUCACUCAUCACGCCAACGACCCAGGACCCUCAUGGGUACAAUGUGUGAAGCCAUGUGUUGAUGUCUGGUGUAAAUCAAAUUACAUACAAAGACAAUCUCUUUUAUUGGGAUAAUUUUGUUUUCAGAGUAGUCACAGAUAAUUUGAAGACACUGAGCUUCAGAUAAUUAUAUUCAAAAUUAAAAAAAACAUAUUACUGAUAACCAUUACAGUUAGCUUAUGUAUUUAAUUUAUUAUUAACUAAUAUGAUUAAAAAAAUAAUGUUUGCAUAGUCAGAAGAUCAAUCUUCAAAGACUGCAUAUUAUAAAUACCACAGAUCGUUGAAAUUUAUGAUGAAGAUCUAAAUUGUGAAAAAUCAGACUAUUUUAUGUUUUACAGGUUUUGUAAGAGUGAAAUUCCAUGCAUAAAGCUUUUCAUGAAGAAAAAUGGAAAUUUGUGCUUAUGGGUUAAAAGCAGGUUCCGGUAUAAACAGUGAAACCAUGGUGACUUGAAUUCUGAGACUGUUGUUGUGCAAAGUUAUACCAGAUCAUUACCAGCAGAGUGUUGAUAAUAAGAAAUAUGAUGAACUGAAUGUGCAGAUCUGCAUCAUCUGUAAAGUUGAUGAUAACAGCAGGGUUAGAAGGUUUGCUCAUGGCUGUCAUUGACAAAUAUGCGUACAUGGUGAAGAUGUAUGGUGUUUUAGGACUCUGAUUGGUGGGGUAGUCAUGUGUUUAAUGGAACCAAGUUAAAGGAAUUCAAGUUACAAGUUUUCUCUGUAUCAUGUAUACAUACCUCAUGUAACAUAUACCCAUGAAGAGCUGGUUAUCAUGUUGUCAUAGGUAGGUUCUGUGUGUCGGAUCUAUAAAUUUUUGUCUUUGAAAUCCAUUGUAUGUACAACACAAAAGACAAAUGCUAUUUUGAUAAGAUCUUUUGAUAAAUUUUCUUUGAACUGUCAAAUGAAUGGCAGUGAUGAUAUACAGGUAUGGUUGUGAUGUGGAAAUAUUUGGCUAUAUUUUGGUAGAGUUUUUAAAUGACAGUGGUUACAUGUUCAUGAAAUUAUUCAUGAAAUUCCAAACAUAGAAUAACAUCUUAUGGCAAUAAUAUCACAAACUUUUAUCUGCUUUUCAUAGAAAAAAACACAAAAUUUUCAACACCAUUAUGAGCUCAUGAAUAUCAGAUCUAUUACUCUGAUACGAUACUUCCUGCAUGAUGAUCUGAUAACCGUUCAAAAAAGGUCGUAUCAGGGAACUUUCAAAUCACCUGCUCAACCACAGUGUUCUAAAUUCUUGAUGCUUAUGAGUGAUGUAUUCAGAUCAGUAUGUUUGAUUUCUGUAUCUCUUGAAAAUGGAGUUAAAGGACCAGUUCCGAACGUAAGUUAUAAAGGCCAUGACAUCGUUUCUGAUUGAUUCUGAUGGCAUCUAUACUGCAUAAACUUAUUUUGUUCACUAUAUAUAAACAUUAAUCAUUUAUAUAUAUGCAAACAAAAGUCACAAUGUUAUCUUUUUGUAUUGUACUCUUCGUGGCACACUUGUUUUGUAUACCAUUCAUGGUUAUUUAUUUAGCUUCCAAAAUUUCUGUCAUGUGGAUGUAUAAUGAAUGUCACAUCUGUGUCCUGAAUAUGUUUUUGUGGUCCUUUUGUAUGUGAAACUGGGACAAUAUAUCAAUGGCAUUGUUUGUUGUUAAUUUGAUGUACACAGCUGUCACACUCAUGUUUAAUUACCCUCUCCAAUUUGAAUACAGAAACAGAUAUAGACUUAACAUAUUACAUUCUUAAAAACAGAUUUAGAUGUAACAUGUAUGCACGUUCUUGCAAACUGAAAAAGACCCGUGAAGAUCUGGGUAGAGCAUCAGUCUUCAGCAACCCAUGCUUGCAUAGACUCUGGACUGGACUUUCAUAGUCAGUUAAUGACUUUGCCUGGGGAAGAUGGCAGCACUACUGCAGGACCUUUAUGCCAAGCCAAAUUGAUCAACACUUUACCGGAAACAUACCUGUAGAACAAGGAACGUGCAUGUCAGUACCACGAACACAUGCUGCUAAACAUUCUUAUGCUAUAACAUUUUAUGUAGUCUAACAGAAUUUAAUGACAUCUUGUGAGAUAAAUGUAUGUGGCAUUUUAGAAGCUGUAGUGACGGUUAAGACAGAUCUGUCUUGGAGAUUUCAACUUCUUUGUUCUUUCUGUGUGAUGUUUCGGAACAGAUGCUGGUACCUUUAUGAAGCAAGCACUUGAUAAGGAUACAAGCACUGCACCGAAACACCACAGAAGGAACACAGAAGUUGAAGCCCAUCAGUCAACCCCGUCUUCUUCGUGAGUGUGAGAGUAAGAACAAAUACUACUCAAAAGAAGUUAAAGAACACACAAUUGUUUCAUGUAACUGUAGUUGAUCUGUCAGGGCAGUUAAAGAACACACAAUUCCUUCCUAUUACUAUAGUUAGUCUUUCAUGGCAUGACAGAUUAACUACAGUAACAUGAAAGAAUCCAGUGUUCUUUUGAGUCGUAUGUAAUGUUUUAACGUGGGUCUAUCUCUUCAUUAACUGAAAGAUGUUGAUCAACAGAGGUUGGCAAUAAGACAAGAUAAAUAAUAUUUUAUUGUCCCGAAAGAAAUUUGGGCUACGUAAAAGCAUAGAGAAACAAAUAACAGGUUCAUGAUUUAAGUUAAGUACACCUGUCUGACACCUGGUGUGUUAAACCCUGCUUCAGUUUAUCAAUAAAAUGGAAUUGCUUGGGGACAAUGAGCUUGUUUAGUGAAAAGGUUUUUAGAAAUUCUUUGUCCAAUUUAAAAUGUGCUUGUUUCUAAACCCUAUUGGACUAGAUUUGGUGUUUUUGCUUCUAAUUAUCACAUCACGUGACCAAACAGUAAGCUGAGAUCUUCAUAGAAUGUUAGUGUUUUUUUUGUUCCCAUUUGUAUAUUGAUUUGACCUCACGUCAGACUAUACACAUUUGUUUUUCCCCGUUCUUGUUUAAAUAUUGACAGAUUAUAUCCAUAAUACAAGAAGUAGUUCUUGUGUAUGAGGGAUGUGUAAUAUGUGUGGGGCAUGUGGGGUCCAACUUGUAUUUCCCCCACCUGACUGUAUCCUGAACAACUUUCACGAACCUUAGCAUUAUGUUUCACGUGUGCCCUUGUCUUUCACGACUGCAGACAGCAGGAUUGCAUAAAGUUGUAUGUAUUUUUAUUUUGAGAUUUGCAAGUUUCCAUGUGUGUGUCAUAUGAGGUGCUGUAUUUUGUAAAGGUGUUGAAAUCUUAAGGGACCAGUUUUUCAAUCUUGUGUUUCUUGUAGUAAAUCAGCAGAUAUUGAUGUCAGUGUGUUUGUGUCCGAGUUCAUUGUUUGCUUGUACAUCAUAACAUUGAUGUUAAGUCUCUUAGUGUUGAUGUGCAUGUCUGACUGAAGGAUGAGACAUGACUAAGAUACCACAAAUAAUUGAGAAAAUAUCCAAGCAGCAACCAUAGAGAUGGGUGUAUGUGGAUGAGUUGUCCAGCUUGAAGAUGUGGAUCAGUUGUCCAACAUGGAGAUGGGUGUAUGUGGAUCAGUUGUUCAACAUGGAGAUGGGCGUAUGUGGAUCAGUUGUCCAACAUGGAGAUGGGUGUAUGUGGAUCAGUUGUCCAACAUGGAGAUUGGCGUAUGUGGAUCAGUUGUCCAACAUGGAGAUGGGCGUAUGCUGAUCCGUUGUCCAACAUGGAGAUUGGUGUAUGCUGAUCCAUUGUCCAACAUGGAGAUUGGUGUAUGUGGAUCAGUUGUCCAACAUGGAGAUGGGCGUAUGUUGAUCCGUUGUCCAACAUGGAGAUGGGUGUAUGUGGAUCAGUUGUCCAACAUGGAGAUGGGCGUAUGCUGAUCCGUUGUCCAACAUGGAGAUUGGUGUAUGUGGAUCAGUUGUCCAACAUGGAGAUGGACGUAUGUGGAUCAGUUGUCCAACAUGGAGAUGGGUGUAUGUGGAUCAGUUGUCCAACAUGGAGAUGGGUGUAUGUGGAUCAGCUAGCCAUCAUGGCUGUUUUGUGGAUCAGCUGGCCAUCAUGGUUGAUAGCUGUGUGGUCCAGGUGGCAAUCAUAAAAGCAUGUGUAUAUGGAUGAAGUGAUCUUCUUGCACCACAGAUUUGAUUUGAUUGCUAUGUAUUACUCACAAUGAAGUAAGUUCCUAUUUAUGUACAAAUUGUUACUUCAUGUGUCAUGUAAGCUUAACAAUAUAACCCUAGGAGAUAAGUCCAUGAUUUACGGUUAUUAGUUUCAGGACAUUGUAGCCUUAGAGAUGUGUUGUCAAGUGUAUGGCUGAGUACCUGAGUAUUGCUGCACCCUUGUGUAUCAUGUAUAUACAGAACAUUAUUGUCAUUAUCGUUGAUUAUGCAGAGCGCUGUGUGCUAUUUAUGCAGAGUCCGAUCUAUUUUUUCACAGCAUGUUUUAUUUGUUCACAUAAGUAAUAUAUAUGGAGGAAUAUGUUGAGAAUGUGAAUGAGGUCAUAUGAGGACAUAUUUGCAUCAUUGUUCGUCACAUCCUGUUCACAUGAGCCAUGAGUCAGAAAACAACAAAGAGUAAAACUUAUUCUGUGACCCAAUGUUACUCUACAUAAUUCAUAAUUCAUAAUUUUGACUGAGCUUCUUCUAUUGCAGUGAUGUGAGAGUAGAUUGACUGUAGUCUUGGUUGAGCAGAUAUGAAUUGAUAGGGAAGAGUGACCAUCACGUCGCACACAGCUGGCUAUAUGCCUGGAACCUAAUAUGGAUAUACAUUUUUCAUGUUUCUACUUUUCUCAAUGUAACACCAUUUUCAGAAGCUUGCGCUGAAGAAAAUAAAUUGUCUGAUGUAAAAUAGCUGUAUAUAAGGAAAAUAUUCAGAUAAAAAUAUUUUACUGAUUAAAAACCUAACUUUCACCACUAGUGAAUUCUUGAUUAUGUUCUAAAAAGAAACCCCAAAACAAUAAACUUUCAUCCCAAGCUAACCACCACCCAUUUGGACAUGUAUGGCCAUCUAUGUGUAUCACACCAAGACCACUCAAACUAAAUCAGAUAACUGGGAAAGUACCAAACGUUUUCUGCUAUACUUUGAUAGUUGAUUGUACGAUAUCCUAAGGGUUGAUACAAUCUAUAGCAGGAAUAUGUUUGCAAUUCUUAUCAAGAUUUGCUGUCUGCCAGGGUAAGGUUCUGGGUAAGAGUUGUUAUUCUGUCGGUUUGACUUAUUAUUCCAAUUAAGUGUUGCCCAGCUGAACCUCCAUUAAAAGCAUUGUGGUAUAUUUUAUCCUGGAAAGUGGUUGUAUUUUCUGUAUUUACUGCAACCUUCUGCCCCAUGUCAGUAUAGGUUAUCAACAGCCAUGCAUUGUUCAUUAUAGUCACCCAUCGUGACAUCCGUGUGGACCAGGGUCAAUAAAUCACAUAGAACAUCA